ACUUGUGAAUUAGCAACUGAACAACCAGAGAUAACACUGAUUGUAAUUAGCAACUGAACAACCAGAUACAGGACUCAUUGUGAAUUAUCAACUGAACAACAAGAGACAGGACUGAUUGUGAAUGAACGACCAGAGACAGCACUGAUUGAGCAAUAACGUCUGAAAAUAAAAUAACAGUAAAAACGCACUGAAUACAUUUUAUGAAAUAGUGUAGUAAUACCAACGCUACAAAACUUUGGACGUCCAGAGUAAUUCUUAAAUGCCAGAAGAAAUGAAAAGAAUGGACGGGUCCGUGAUAUUUGUUUCCUGCCUUCUGCUUAGCGUGUUUGGCUCGAUGGUCGAUGUUAAAUCCCAACUUUACGAAACAGAACUGGAUUUUGACAACAAAUUGUCUUCUAACAGUCUCCUGUAUCAAAACUUAAUAGAUUCCCUCAUCACGUGUUCUAUGAUGUGCUUUAUGCGCGGGAGCGUCUGUGGUUGUCACAGCUUCAAUUCAUUGCAGAAAAUAUGUCGUCUGCAUGAGUAUUGUUGCCACUCAAAGACGACCAUUAAUGACGUCAGUUGGAAAUAUUACAAAUCCCACCAUGAUAUAAAAUGUCCAAACGAAUACACAAAGAUGACGAACAUAGGAGUGGGAGUUUGCCUUAAGUUUGUAACCACGCCCACCGGAUAUCUGAACGCCGCCAUUUUUUGUCAACAAAUAGGGGGCAAUCUCAUUCGUCUUGAUUCUCACGAAAAGUUUGACAUAUUCCAGCAAUUCAUUAAUUGUAACAAAAACGCCGAUGAAGAUUUUGGGGUGUGGGUACAGGCCAUCAGAAGCACUAACCACGUGUGGAGAUUUGAGGACGAAUCGGAAUUCAGUGAAGUGUGCCCCCUUGCGCUGUCCGGAAAUAAUCAUGAGACACGUUUACGGUUUUCCACAGCACAGAGGUCAUGUUCGGACACUUUAGAAAGGCUAGAGUAUCGAUAUGUUUGUGAAUAUGUGUAACGUGGUAUGCAGCAAUUUAGUUAUGCCUGUAUUAACCAGAAAUGUAGUACCCAUCACUGUAACCACAUUUGUUGAUUUCUUUGAUGUGGUAGUCAGCAUCAUGCCCUGACUUUCUCAAUACUUUUUGCUACCUCUGAAGCUUUGAUAUUCUUUCAAACACUGUCAUAUUAUGGUACCCGUCGUUUCAAGUACAUGCAAGAAGCAUAUAUCUAUCAAUACUUACAUACAGAAUCACCAUGGUCAUUGUAUGUUCCAUUUUUUUUUUAAUGUUACAUUGUUUGUGAGUUACAGUUAUUAUCAAUAUAUACAUUUACAUUUAGAAAUGAAAGAAUCCAAGACCUAUGUUAAACCCUAUGAAGGUGAAUGUAUCAAGGAGGUUUGGAACACCUGCCCUUUAAAGAAUAGAUAGAUAUUGUCCAAAAAGAACGCGGAAUCUUUGUGAUAUCAACUUGAGAGCACAUUUAGGUAGACUCAGAUUGAUGUUUAUCAAAGGAGUUUCGAGAAUACUGACCACACGGUAUGGGUAUUUUGGAGUACAUUUUUAUUGACGAAGCAGCUGUCUAUAAUGUCAAAAAUCGUUCUCUUUCAAUUUAUCGUGAGGAAUGGUGGUAUACACUAGUAUACAGUGUCAAAAACUCAUACAUCUUCAUAUUGAUAGUUUUAGCAAAGUUUUAUGGGUUCAAAUUUACUUAAAGUUCAUUGGAAUUUUCAAGAAAUCACGUUUGAUCUUCACCAACUGUCGCAUAUGCUGUGGCACGGUACUUCUGACGUUUCUCGUUCACAGCAGAGAAUAUUUUCAUAGGGUUAAUAAUAGAGAUUGGUAGAAUAAAUAAUGGAUCUGUAAAAGUAUGUUUGCUGUAAGGAAUAAUCGAAAUGCACAGCACAAAAGGGGAAUAGUAAUACAACAUCUUGGAUUCAAUACAUGUUCAUUACUAGAAUCGGUAUAAACACGUGACGCACUGCCUCCCCGUGUGGUGUUGUAACGUAAAUUCAUAACAGAUAGCUAUAUAUCUCAAGUGAAAAUAUGUACUCUUUACUAUUACUUCCAUUGUUUGCUCUACGUCUUUUAAUGUUAUCAUCAAAUGACCUCUACAUGAAUCCAGGGCAUCAAGCUGAGAAUUUAUAUAGCCUGCUAUCCUUACAUGUCUUGCGUCGAAAAAUAUGAUAUGAAUAACUCCUGUAGUGUAAACAA